AACAUGUCGCGGAGCAAAUGUUUAUUAGUCGCCCUCGUGGGCUUACUAGCCCUCGUAACUCCUGGCCAGAGUGCUCUCCGUGCGCGCUAUGACAACUAUCGCGUGUACAAAGCUAAUGCCGAGAGCGAAGCCCAGUUGGCUGUGCUGAAGCAGUUGGAGAGCUCCAGUGAUUCGAUCAUCUUCUUGGAGGGCGUACAUCGCUUGAACGCUGACGUGCACAUGGUUGUCGCUCCCCAUAAGGUACCCGACCUAUUGGAGGUUCUGGGACGUGAGGAAAUCAAAUAUUCUCUGGAGUCUACUGACUGGCAAAAGGCCAUGGAUGCGACAGAUGAAAGUGUGGCUAUUAAGGGCCGUGCUGGCGACUAUAGCUGGACGGCUUACUACGAGCUGGAUGAUACCUAUAAUUGGCUGCAAACUUUGGCUCAGCAAUAUCCCGGAGUUGUCACCUUGAUCGAAGGCGGCAAGACCUACCAGCGUCGUUCUAUUCUGGGUGUGAAAAUCUCUAAGAGCGGUACUCAAAAGCCUGGUAUUUUCAUUGAGGCUGGCAUUCAUGCUCGUGAAUGGAUUGCUCCUGCUGCUGCCACUUACAUCAUCAAUCAGCUGCUGACCUCAGAGACGGCAUCCAUUAAGCAGUUGGCCCAGAACUACGACUGGUACAUUUUCCCCCACGCCAACCCCGAUGGCUACGUCUAUACCCAUACCACCGACCGUAUGUGGCGCAAGACUCGCCAACCGCAUGGCACUUGCUUUGGCGCCGAUCCCAACCGCAACUGGGACUUCCACUGGAAUGAGGUGGGUGCCAGCAGCAGUGCCUGCUCGGACACCUAUGCUGGACCAUCGGCCUUCUCCGAAAUCGAAACACUCUCGCUGUCCAACUACAUUGCCUCGAUAAAGAGCAAGAUCCAGCUGUACAUUUCCUUCCAUGCCUACUCCCAGUAUUUGCUCUACCCCUACGGACACACCAGCGACCUACCCGUAAAUGGCGAUGAUUACAAGAAGGUAUUUGAUGCGGCCAUUGGCGCCAUUAACCAGCGUUAUGGCACCAAGUACACUGGUGGCAACAUCUACGAUGCCAUCUACCCUGCUGCUGGCGCCAGCGUGGAUUGGGCCUUCGGUACCCAAGAUGUGCGCAUGGCCUUCUGCUAUGAGCUGCGUCCCUCUUCCAACUCUAUUCUGACCGGCUUCAAGCUGCCCGCAGAGCAAAUCAUUCCAGCCAGCGAGGAGCUGUUGGAUUCCAUUACUGCCAUGGUUUCGGAGGUAAAGAAUCUGGGCUACUUUGAUUAAAAACGAACGAUUUAAUAAACGAAAGUCAUAUUUUUGUGGCAAGCAAUUUAAAAGUAAAAUAAAUUAUAAGCCAAAGCUCUAA